AUGAAUACCAUUGAAGCAUAUAGAGAAAGAUUAAGAAGAAAUCUAGAAUGCUCAGCCAGAGAUUUGUUUUGGUUAGAGCGUUUGUCUCUCUUCGUGAUACUUCUCUUCUCCUACAGAGGAGUCUCACUAUUAUUCAGUUGUCCCCUUUUCGCUACUACCUUAUUCGCAUCCUUCUUACCCUGGUAUUUCCCUAAAACCUCUUCAGCUGACUGCUCUGGUUUUGCUAUUAGCCGAAUGUGGCUGUUUCUAUUGGACCGGUUCAUGCUUCUGGUGUCUCUAUUCGCUUAUAAGACCGUCUGGCUUUGGCGUUUUACUGUUAUUGUCUCCCUCGCGGUCCACUAUUUUUACAUCACCGAGUACCUUGAUAGAUUAAAGAAAACCCAUCACGCAGAACCGAUAGGGAUUGCUGAUAACUCUAGCGAGGAAGUAGAUGUGAGCAAGGAACUGGAGAAGACGAGAGAGUUAUUGGAAGAUUUGAAAGAAGAUGGAAAGAAGAUUGAUAUAGAAAUGGAGUUUAUAGACAACCUUAUCAAUUCAGAUCUUGAAACACAUAGAAGCAACUUGUCCGUGAAACUCCUAGAGUUACGUAAAGAGUUGAGAGAUGUUGGAGGGAAGAUAAGAACACACAAGGAGUUGAUGAACAGUUUUGUCAACUCAGAACUACCUCUAAGAUCCAAUGUCGAUCAUGAGGAUAACAAAGGUUCGAGAGAAGUGGCAUCUCUAGCUGACCAAGUUCAUGAAGCCUACUUUGUUAUCCAAGAAACAGCCAAAGCGGCUAAAACAACAUCUGACAGAGCGUAUCUAAUCUACUUAUUUGCGCAAGAAAUCUCUGCACAAAUUCAAAAGAAGCUAUGGAUGAUGAAAUUAGAAGAUCUUGAGAGGUUUUCAGAGCUAAAAGAGGAAUUGAGGCGAAUGUCGUUGCAUUUUGCAGCUAGAAGAAUGGAGGCGAAGGUUGCUGCGGACAGAGCCGCGGAGGAGCUUACAAAUGCAACGGUGAAGCUUAUGGAGGAGGUCGGGAUCCAGCAGUUGGAGGAGUCCAAGAUCGACUAA